GUAGAAAUUGGUUCAUCGGUAGUCGUAAUUAUGUCAUGCUCCCCUACUAAGCAUGACCCAAGAUCAUAUUGACUUUUACUAAAUAUGUCAGAGAAUUCUUCGCAUAGGUCCUUUAAUUUUUGUAAGUCAUUUCCCGUAACAGAACUUUUUGAAAAAUCUAUUUUAAAAGCAGGGUCUUCGUCUAAAGCAUUAACCAUAUUUUCAAGUACACGAAAUUUAUUUAAUUCACUAAAAUUAUUUUUUGUAUUUUCUGUUAGCCACGGCCCUUCAUUCCUUUCUUUUAGUUCAUUAGCAUAGGCUAUGUGCAUGCCCUUACAAAUAUGUUUAGGGGCGUUAGUUGGAUUUGUUAUUAAUAAACUAGCAAUUUUGUCGGAAGCUUUAAAUACAGUACUGAUUAGACCGAGAUUUUCAGAACUUAAGCGUUCAUCUAGAGAAUGUGAAACUGCAUAUUCAAAGUCGCAAGUUGUUUCGAGUUUCGCAUUAACUAUUUUAUUUGUCCCUGGGGGAAUUGUUAUAGAUUCAAGAGUUGCAAUCCUAACAUUUGUUAAUAAAGGUAGGUUACCUGUGCCCAAGUUUAGUGAUUUAUUUCCAAUCCAAAUUUUCCCUUUUGGAAAGUCAAAGGUUACCGUCGGUAAUGUUUUUAGUACAUCGCAUCCUAUUAUUAAUUGGUAAUUUCGCCUCUCAAUUAAUUGAUUGUCCUCUACGAGAUUAAUUUUAGCAAUUUGUUUAUGACCACUUAUAUC